GCCUCAAGGUUGUGCAUUGGUAAUGCGUGUCGAUUUUGAAUUUGCCAAUGUUUGCUAAUCUCAGUAUCAUUUCCAUGUCAAAGUUGUUAUAGCGCAGUUCACACAGCCCAAAUUUUAUGGAGCGCUCGAAAACUAGCUUUUUUAAAAGGUAUAGUUUUGAAGGUAGUUGGAGAUCUAUUUUGAUUCACUGACGUCACUUAAAUUCUCUGUGGUCAGAAUAUGUCUGUUUCGCAUCCAGAAUGAAAUUGAAGCGCACGGAGUUAAUCUUUAGUUUCGCGGAAGUCGUCGAAUAUGAAAAUACCAGAGUUACUUGGGAAACGAUCUAUAAAGCGAAGGUGACUUUUUUGCUACAGAAUUGCUGGUACUAAUGCUUUAUCCUUCCCCGUUGUGCCACUACGCUUGUAGAGUUCCUAAUCAUGUCCGCCCUACGAAAUGGUUUUCUGCACUACCAAUAAUCCAAUACAGCGAGAUCUUUUUCGUAAUGAAAAUUAAUCAUUUGUUAUCCAUCAUUGUCUACACUCACCCUAGUCACUUUAAAAAUACCAAACACAUGGACCUUAUUGGAAUUAGUACUGUAUCCAAUCGAAUUUGUAUCAUUGACACUACAAAAGCCUCCAUCUUAUGGGUAAUUGAAAUCUUUAAUGCAACAAGUAUGCUUGCCACUAAUUUGUCCAUACAGUUUAAGUUAGUUGAAAUCGCUCCAAAUAUCUGACCCCUGCAGAUAAUCAUAUUGAUAAAUUAAUCCAUAACUACUGUUGUACUGUGAUGCGUGAUGGAGUUGACCGUAAGUCAUUGAAAUGGAGCUUUCACGAAGCAUUUGUGUAACUAAAUCUUCAUUUUUUACCGUAAUUCUCUCCUUCAAUCACUCAAAAAUCGAUACUUGGAUGUAAAACAACCAUACCUCUCGGGUAUGCCUUUCAUAAAGAACGCUUUUUAUCGUUUCAUGAGGGUGAAAAUGUGUUCAUAAACAUUACUGUGGCAAAGCUUGUGAAAUGAUACUUAGUUUAAUGUCGAAAUUUUUCAUCACUAUUAAAUCAUUUUUAAACCUCCAGUUAUUUUCACUUUUGGCAGAAACAUCGCAAAAUUUAGCCGAUUAUUGAACAAUGUAAACUGACAAAAAUGGCCGAGACGAAGAUCUUAGCGAAAUUCGGAGAAGACCUGGUUAAACUUACUACAACAAGUACAGAAGCAGCACCAGUGGGAUCUCUUAAAAACGACUACGAUGUAACGAAAAAGACUUCUUUUCUAGUCCUAUCGUCGGGGCCUAAUUUUUAUUAUUAUCACUGACCCUGUUGCUACGCCUACCGUUCUGGGAUUUGGCCCAAAAUCUCCAUUUCUCUGUGCUUACGGGGUAUGGCAACUUGAACCGAUGUACAUACGUACGGGUUCUACGUAGUGGCUGGCCAACUGAAGUAAAGUAUUAAAAUUUGACGAAUAAAAUUGAGAUCUAUCCAUCCACAAACGAUUACAUAAACUUUCCAACCCCGAUGUUACAUUUGGGACUAAUUCAUCAAGUGUUUGAAUGUCUGCGCUCCAUAUUUAUUUAGAAUGCGCUCUUAAGUUGAUCCUACGUCAAGUCAGGGUAUCGUAUUUAUACAUUUAAAAUGUUACAUUGGAUACUCUGUAUUCAAGUUAUUUCAUAUUAUGGGGCUAAAUGUACUGUUUUACACACUACUAGUUCAUAAAAUCAAACCACCAGAAACUUCAUAGCGUCUGUCUUCUCAUUUCUUAACUAACACUUAUUUGCCUUCCAGAUAAUAAGCAUUUGAAAACCGAUGGAUGAAAACUUGGAAAACUUCUCUAAUGCUGACUUCGAUGCUAGAUUGUUCGUCUCUUAUAUUAUUGGUACUAAUAAAGUUUCAAAUGUUUUAUGCACAAUAGAUAACCGAAUAAGAGAGUUAGCCACUCUGAUUCAUCAGCAUGUUGCUGAUAAUCACGUCGACCUGUUUAAAAGAGCCUCUGACAUUGAUAAUUUACAAAAUGUUUUGCAGGCAGUUGAAGAUAAAAUACGAAACUUGUCAAUUUCUUUAUCGAAAGUUAAAAAGAAAAUAGAUACUCCCCAUGAAACAUUAUCCACAAAUGUAACUCAUUUCAAAAAUCUACACAUUACAUGUGCUAUUCUUCGUAAUAUAUCUCGAGUAGCAACACUAAUGAAACGAAUCCAAAGUAGGUCUAAAGAUUUAUGUCAAUGUGCAAUGUAUGUAAAUGAGUUAAACUUCAUCUUUAAUAAUAUGGAAUGGGAAGGAAUUCAUGUAUUGGAGUCCUAUAAUCGUGCAUUAAUUCAAGUUCGAGAGAGUAUGGUGUCACAAGCAUGGAGCCUAAUCAAUUCAUCUUAUGAGUUAUCUGAUCAAACUCAAUUAGCCACAGGACUACAGGUUUUCUACCAUUUAAAUAUGUUAAUGGAUGUAGUUCAUGAACUGGUGACUAAAUGGAAAUCAGAAUUUGUUUCUGUACUAUCCUCUUCCGUUGAUAUAAAUUCAUUAACUCAACGUAUGCGAACACGUCAAAAAGUUCAGCAAGGAGGUUCUGGUCCAGGUAGAGCCUCAUUAUCAGCAGUUGGUGGUCAAGCAGCUGCUUUUCAUGUUGCUGUAUGGACUAGUUUAGAUGGAACUAUUGAUAAGAUGGAACAACUUAUUUCUUGUAGUCGUCUACUUGGUCUAACUCUAAUGAAACAACGUGAAACACAUAUUGAUGUAUGUAUGACAAGUAUAUGUCGUUUAGACCAAUAUAUUUCUGAAUUAUAUCCUAGUCUAGCUGAAUUACUUAUACAUGAAAUGCUUAUCGACUGGCAAAAUAAUAAAAAUUCUGAAAAAUAUUCUUCAAUUUUGUUAAUUUUUGCUUCAGCCAAUUUUAAAGAAUCUUUAACUCGUCAAGAGGAUAACAUCGACUCAUCCUCUGCUAUCGAUAAUUCAACUGGUCACAAACAAAUUAAUGAUAAUCGUGCAGAUAUUCGUAAUGCACUGGUUUCAAAUGAAGGAUUCCUUGGUUGGGCAUCAGAUCAACUGGCCACUAAACUUUCUGCUGUUUCCAAUCAAUCACCAGUAAUUAAAGAAGUGCUUGAAGGAGAAUAUCCGAAAUUAUUAAAAUUAAUAUUAGAUUUGGAACGUCGUGUAACCAGUACCCUUUCAAAUGAAUUAUCUAAUAAUAGUAAUUAUGAUCAAUAUACCUUAUCACCUAUUCAUCAACAAACUAUAUUGGAACAACUACCUUCGUGUUUAGUUCGAGCACUGCAUCCAUUUGAAACAGCUUAUUUAUCUCGUAGUGUAUCGCGUUUAUUUGAUAGGGUAACUUUGGCUUUUUCAACAUCUACAACAGCUGGACCAGAUACAAAUGAAUUAAAUGAUAUCAUACAAACGGCUGCAAAUGAAUUAGCAUAUGCUACUGUUCAUCAUGACCUCUUAUAUAAGGUUACUCGCAACUUAGAUAAAUUGAUUGCUUUAUUUGCAACUAAAACUGAAACUUUAAUUUCUACGGGUAGUACUUGUGCAGUACAAUUGACAGAUUCACAAACACUUGGACAACAGAAUAAUAUACAUUUAGUCAACCUUCUCUGCCAGUUUGGAACAAAUUUACAAUUAACUGUUAAUAAACGAUUGAACAAUCUGAAUACAAUAACAACAUCUAACAUUAAUCAUAAAAAUUAUAGUAAAUCAUCUACAUUUUUAAAUGAAACCUUCCCACUGACUACCACAAUUGAAACAAUGACACCAAUCAAAAAUCCACUUCAGUUAAUCUCGGAAUCAACAAAAAAUCAUUUGAAUAAUUUGUGCAAUUCCAUUUUAAAUCCAUUUCUUCUAGCUAUUGGUAAUAAAAUAGAUGAAAUUUUAAGUUCAAUGCAUAAUGAAUAUGAUUCAUAUCAAAAUGUAUCAGUUAAUGAACUAAGCAGUAAAUCGAAGUAUCUACAAGAUUUACAGAACUUUACUGCUAGAGUUCGUCAACAAUAUUUAUCUGAUCUAUCACAACCUCCAAAAUUUGUUAAUACAAUACCUAAUAUAUUCACACAAUCAGGAUGUUAUGUUUGCGGUGAAUUCGCAUUGCAAGAUGCUUUAAAACCAAUUCUUACUAUGUGUGUCAACAGUUAUCUUUGGCGAUCAACAUUAAUUCGUUCUUCAAAAGAAUCAAUACGUCUUAAACUAGCCGCUGAUUACAAAGAUUUUGAAUUAGCUUUAAUGCCAUUAUGCUCUCCAAAUUAUGGAUAUACAUUAAGUAAACUAAUCCCAGAAUCUUAUGAACAAUUAAGAGAUUUUCCUUCUAUCCUAUCUAUGGAAAAUGAACAGCUAGUUCAGACUUAUGCAAAAGAGGAUUCAGUUGGUUCUUCGUCAAAUCAUCUACUGCCGAGUUUGAUUUGUCAACAUAUGUUUAGCAGAGCACCGGAUGAAAUUCGUUAUACCCAUAUUGUUGCAGGUUGGUCUACAAAUUACUAUGUAUCGUGGUUGGUGAAAAGGAAAAAUGAUACGGAACGUUUAGUUUUUCUACGCAAUGGUCUUUCAGCAUACGUCCAUGAGGUCCAACUAAGACAACAACGAGAAUAUCCACCGAUUUAUUUGCAACUGAAAGAAUUUCUGGACUACCAUAUUGGGAAAGAUCAAAAGUGAAACUUGUAUUUUUUUUUAUUGUAUCUAUUUAUAUGGGAUUCGUGUAAACUAAUUUUUUAUACAUAAUUUCAUCUGAAACACUGUGAUAAAUAUUAUUUUAAUGAAAUAAAUACUUAAUUUGUUUAUAAUGUUUGUUUGUUUAUUUUUUGACUAGCAAAUCAUCAUAAGAUAAUUCAGCAGUUUACAUAUAGUAACAAAAGUACUAUGGACUACUUGAUAUUAAUUAUAAUGGAGCGAUAUUUGAGCGUAAAUUGGAAUCAUAUUCAGUGUAUUAUCAGAUAUGCCAAUAUAAGUUUCGUUGUAAUAUCUUGUUUGUUUCAAUACAUCAGCAUAGAAAUUUAUCACCAGACUUUCUUUUUCCAAAAAUACUUACUACUACUGGUUUGUAAAAAUGUUAUUUGAACUCUCUAACUAAAACGUUGGAUGACUUCCUACAGUGAUUGAGUUUCAUUUUCACGAUUAACUUCAGCUUUCUAUGUUUUUGGAGUGUCAGUUCACUCGGUACAUAUAAAUCUUUAAGGCGAUUAAACAGUAGUAUGAUAUCAACCCAUGACGCUGUCGCUGUUUAUUUUACAACUGUUAACGACAUUAUUUCAGUGGUGGUUAAAUACUAAUAUAAUGAAAACCCCGAGGUCACUCACAAAAUAAAAAAUAUAACAAAGUGCUUGUUAAACUAUUCUUUUCGCAUCCUACUGCUGAAGAUAAUAAAAAAGCUUGGCCUAGUUUUCUUUCAGGUGAAUAACUAUAACCUUAAUAUAACUUGUCAGGAAACAUGAAAAUUAAAUCCCUAAAUCCCACAUCGUACUUCCGAUUAAAAGUGUUGUUAAAACAAAUAAGGUUUCGUAACUGGAAAUUCUGAGGAGAAAACUCAUCUGUGUCAUCACGUAACCUAACAACAUACAAACGACUGAUUAGAAAUUUUUUAGCCAGAUUGGUACGAUAAUACAUCAUAUGAUUACAUUCAUAAAAUUUUGCAGAUGUGUGAGACUAACUGGGCAUGAUAGUAAAUAAAAACUGAAUACAGUAUAUUUUGACAAUGAACUCGAAGUAAAGUUUUAUAAAAGCUGAUGGUGUAUGAUUCAAAGAUGAAUGUAAGAGUUGUUUUUAAC